AAAAAAUGGAGUGUUGUUAAAAUUGAACGUUUACAGUUGAUUAGUUGAUUACUUUUUAUUCGAAAACUUCGUUCGAGGUUUUAGAGAUAUUAUGGGAGCAAUAAAUUUCUAGUGAAUUAUUUUUUAGGAAAUAGUGUUUAUCAUUACAAGUGCAUGAACAUGACUGGUUGCAAUAACAUCGAGCAGGAAUAUUCUGAAUUGAAUAGGAAAAAUGAGUGGACAGUAGUUUACAAGAAAAUCCGGGAACAGAGCUUGAACAACAGCAGUAGUGCUUUAGAGGCUGUGAAGGGAAAAAACAAACCUCUAAAUAGAUAUAGAGAUGUCAGUCCUUAUGAUCAUAGCAGGAUAGUUCUAAAAAGAGGAAAUACAGACUAUAUAAAUGCCAACUUGAUCAAAAUAGAUAAGGCAAAUAGGAAAUACAUACUUACACAAGGUCCCUUACCUAGCACAGUAAGUCAUUUUUGGCUUAUGGUUUGGGAGCAAGAAAGCAGAGCUAUCUUAAUGUUGAACAAACUCAUAGAAAAUAAACAGGAAAAAUGCUACCAGUAUUGGCCAAUGGAUAUCGGCCCGGAUAAUGCGCUUAAUAUGCCAGAUGUCAAUUUAAGUGUUGAAUACAUCGAACAACAUGACUAUUCUUAUUAUUUAACCAGACUUCUCAGGUUGACUGAUCUCGUGACAGAAACUUCUAGGGAUAUCUUGCAGUUCCACUACACAACAUGGCCCGAUUUCGGAGUGCCUAGUUCACCAACUGCCUUUCUGCAGUUUUUACACAAGGUUCGGAAUGAGGGAGUAUUGGAAUCUGAUGUGGGACCAGCCAUUGUUCAUUGUUCGGCUGGGAUCGGAAGAUCUGGUACUUUUUGUUUGGUUGAUAGUUGUUUAGUUCUUAUCGAAAAACAUGGCUUAGAAUCUGUGAAUGUAAAAGAAAUCCUGUUGGACAUGAGGCAGUAUCGAAUGGGAUUGAUACAAACUCCUGAACAACUACGCUUCUCGUAUCAAGCAAUCAUCGAAGGUGCUAAAAAAUUAGAUCCUAAUGCAUCUCCUACGCAACUCUCAAAUCACAUCGUCUCAGACAAUAGUUACACCGAAAACAAUAUUUCCUCCUCGAGUUCUGAGGAAGACAACGAUGAGCCUCCCCCUCUACCUCCUCCAAGAAGUGAGAGUUUGAACAGACCUAACAGCACUUCGCCCGUCAACCGCCCUCUUCCCAAAAUACCCAACAGCGUCUCCUUGAGUGAUAUUAGCUAUGAACAAGACAAUGACAAGGAUGAUUCACUGCAGGAGUCGUACAAUCCUAGUGGACCUCUUCCUACAGUUCCUGGUGGUGAUGGCAGCAGUGAAGAUGAACUUAUUGAAGAAGCAAAAUCUGAUUCCGAUAAUACGGAAAAAUCUAGUUCCAUUGAUGAAAAUCCAACAUCCCUCGCCAGAGCGCGCCAACGCUUCAGGCAAGAAAAGAAGGACAAAAUGGAGGCCAAAGUGCGAGAAAUGAAGAGACGCCAGCAGGUCAACGAGCACUGGACUCAACUCAAGAGGUCACUGUAUAAACCUUUACUCUUAGCGGGGACUUUAGCUAUGGGAGGGGGCAUAUUGGCCUAUUUCUAUUUGCGUAACUAGUAAAUUUCCUCUUUCUAUCAAUUGUUACCUUCAGUUGGUUCAUCUUGUCGUUUUAGUAAUUUUUUCGCAUUUAUAUUUCUUCGUUGUUGAAAUUCGAAAUUCAUUCCAAUUGGAUGCACUUGUUCUUACCGCUGAUUAUUGAAUAUUUUUCUAUUAAGUGUUAUUUAGACAAAAAAAAAUGUUUAUGGUUAGUAAGUUAGUGAGUCUGAAAUUGCAGGGUUACAAAAUAACCGAGGUCUGACGUCUUAGGACUAUUAUUCGAAAUGAAGGAUUGAAAGUUAUCUAUUGUUAUGUGAUUAAUAUUUUACAUUUAUUUGAAAUAUUAAAAAACUCUUUAUAAUAGGAAAUUAUCAAGUGAGCAAGUUCAAGAAGACUGUGAACGUAUAAAUUGAACUUUCUUUAUUUGAAGUUUUUUCCGAGUUGCAGCAAGUUUCGGUGGCAAUUUUUUUUUCAAUCAGUUGAUUCUGGUGUAAAUAUUGCCUGAAUCAAGAGUUGCAUACUAAUAAUUUCCAAGAAAUGACGUUUCUCAUUUCAGUAUCUAGUGAUAUUAGAAAAUGAGGUUACGGUUUUUACAGUGUUACCUCAAAAACUAUCAAAUUACAGGUGCUUUCUUUUAGUUUUUUCUUUCGAAUGCACAAAUCAUGAGAACAAUAAAAUGUUUGAAAAACCAAUGCAAUCACCGAAAUAUGAAUGGAUUUUCCCUGAGAAAAUUAAUUUUAAUAUUUCAUCCUGACAUGUAUUAUAAACAUGAUAUUAAGAAUAUAUACAUGCUAAGAAAUAUAAAAAUAAAUUCAAUACAAUAAUGCGUACUGAUGUGAUCCUCAUGUUCUGAUUUUAUUUUCUAGGAAAUUUUGUGGUACACAAAAUUAAUUUUGAAAAGUGCAUUGUUCAAAUGGUAUCAUAUUUUAUUGGUAUACGUGAUCCGAAUUUGUUGAAAAAAAAAAAAUUUAGUACGUAAUAGUCUAACAUAAAUAUUAAUGAAAAUUAUCUUUUGAUAACAUGAGUAUAAGCUCUGAAGAAAUUUACACCCAAUUUUGAUACAAAUGAGGUUUUCUGGUAUUCAUAUCAUUGUGUAUUCACAAAUUCAGAUUUUCGAACGCACAGUCUGAUAUGCUGAGGUACCAUAAUAUUUCUUUACUUGUAGGUUAAUUAAAGUAUUACAUGUUCAUUUCUAGUAAUUUUCAUAGCAUUUUUGUGCAGAACGCUGAUGUAAGAUCUUGAUACUGGUGGAAAGGGUUUAAAAUUAGUGGAUGAUUUUUUUUUACUACAAUUAUUGUUUUUAAAUUUUUGGAUUAUUUCUAUCCUAUUGAGUAAUAUAUCUCUUGCUGUUUCCCUUAUAAUGGGUAGGAUCUUACGUGAUAAGUCAUCCCCAAAAGGUUGUCCCUAGUCAAUAGUGAAUGUCUUAGUUCUGGAAAUAUUUGUUUAUUUAAUAUUAAUUCGUAACAGAUAUAAAUAAUAAUUUCCACAAUUAGUAGAUAGGCAUGGUUAAAAUUUCAAAUCUUAAAAAAAACAAGUUUUUUAUUUAAAAGUUUGAAUUCUGCUUUAUAUCUUUAAACUACACGUUAUUUCUUUUUCUAUUCGUUUUUUGACAAAAAUU